AUGAGUGCAGACACAGAUGAGCACGAAGGUGCCAUCUGCCACAUCGAGCACUACGCCAAUAUCUAUGACUUUGCAAGCAGAUGGGGCGUCCUGAAUUACACAAAGGAGACACCUGUGGACCAACUUGAGAACCGCUUCAUGGGAAAGCUGUUUAUCAACCCGAGAGCGGGCCACCAGUUCAAUCAGCACUACCUCGACAGCAUCUUUCCUCUAGAUCCAACUCUGCGAUUCACACGCGACCCGGAAGACGGCGAUUUCAUGGAGAUGGACGCCAUGCCUGAUAGUAGGGGCGACAGAGCCGGCAUGGAUCAUCGCGAGCCAUGGGACAAAUCCAAGGGCAGCUAUACGAAGAAGAUGCGGGACGUAAGCCGGCUGUGGCAAUACCGCAAUGGUCGCAGGCUAGUUGAUUAA